AUGUCUUCCACAACCAAGACUUCAGGUAAGUCUACUUUUGGAGUCGAGCUGGAGUUUCUCGCCCUCGUGCCUGGUGACUACAACUUCACACCUCACCAUGCCAUCUAUGAAUUCCUUCAAGAAAAAGUCACCCUUCCUUGCCCCUUCAACUGCCAACAGGGUAAUCACGAUCUCAGGCUUCCCGUUGACGCCGAAACACCAGCCUUCUGGGCUCACAAUGACGAUCUCAAUGAGUACAAGACAUGGGUUGUGACCCGUGAUUGCAGUGUAAAACUUACUAGAGAUGAAAAACUUCUAUACCCUGACGACUCUGUUGUCAGCGAUGUUGAAUUCCCAUCUCGCAUCCUCGAUUUCCACAAUCCUAGUCCUUGUCCUCAUGGUCAGGUUUGGCCUUGCAAUGGGCAGCCUUUGAUGUGGGAUUGGCGUGAUGAAAUUACCGUCAUUAUAAACACUCUGAAGCAGAGGAUGAACAAGCCUGGCUACAGAGUCUUUUGCAAUGACACUUGUGGUAUGCAUGUCCAUAUCGGUCGCGACAAGGUUGGAUUCAAUCUCAACACUACCAAGAACAUUAUGGGUAUGUUUGCUGCUUGGGAACGUUGCUUCGAUUCUGUAUUGACUGUUGACCGUAUUGCUGGUUAUGAAAAUGAUCACGCUGCUUUGCCUGCUCUCAAGAUGGACGACACAGAUGACUCGAUUGAUCCAUGGCAAGCCUCUCCUGGUUGGAAAUACAAUCUCCCUCUCUCAGUCCGCCAAUUCGAACAUCUGGGUCAUGAUUUGAUGGUUGCCUACAGCGCAAACGACUACUUCCAAUGGGACAAACUAAACAGGAAUGGUGCCUCUAUACCUUACUGGCUACACAGAAUCUAUGAGACCACUAGUUUUGCUUCUCUCGGUGAGUACAGCACCGCCCAUCAAUCUUCCGUCAAUCUCGAGCACGUCGUCCACAAAGACACCAAAAAGCCAACCAUAGAAAUCCGUCUUCACCAAGGUACCCUAGAAAUCCCCGAGAUUUGCUCUUGGAUAGAUGUCCUCGUCAACAUUUCCAGCUACGCAGAGACCAACUCUUGUGCUUCCGUCCUUGCUACCCUCGAAUCCUCUUAUGCCAAUCCUUCACUAACGAUAAUCGAUAUAGCAAAACUGGUUUCCGCCUCUGCAUCCACUAUAGCACACUAUACUUGCUUUUUAUCACCAACCUACUCCUUUGACCUCUUUGACAAGAUCGUUUCUUCCCAGCCAGAGGACUCGUUGUCUGCUCUGUAUGCUUACAAUGCAAGAAACACCAGCUCUCGGACUCAGGCUCCCGCCAUCUCCACCCGUAUAUCUCAAAAACUGGUUUCCGGUCGCUAUGGCCAAUUCCCAGUCGACUUUUUGAGCGCCGUUCUUCCUGAAAAGGUCAAAAAGGUUGCGAAAAAGGAUGUGAGGUUCUUGAGUGAUGAGCUGGAUGCUAAAGGUUUGGAGGAGUGGAGUGCAGAGGUUGAAAAUGUGGUUGGCAAGGUUGUGGAGAGGAAGAAUGGGAGUGGUGGUUACUAUUAG